UUGGCCGAGCUGGUCACAUGGUAGCCUAACUUUAUUCAGUUGACAGCAAGUAGGAGGGCUUUAUGGAGGGAGGAAAAAAAGACAACUCGAGAAAAAUUAGUAUUUCCUACCUUCAGAAAUUAAUGGCCAUGAGUUCGCACAUGGUGAACUCCAAGUAUGUGGAUCCAAAAUUUCCUCCUUGUGAGGAAUAUUCUCAGAACAGCUAUAUACCUGAACAGAGCCCACGCUACUACAGUCCGUCGCAGGACACUGAUUUCCAGCAUCCCGGAAUCUAUUCACGGCCAAACUACUCUGAACAGCCUUACAGUUGUAACACUGUCCAGGGCUCGUCGGUGCAGCCGCGGGGUCAUGUGCAGGAUAAAGACAGCCACCCUAGCCCUUAUCCCGCACAGACAGAGCAGUGUCCUGCGGUCCAGAUAUCCGGACCGAGGACUUGUGGACAACAACAAAACACAAAGAGCCAGAACGGGAUAUCAGCCAAGCAGCCUGCUGUAGUUUAUCCAUGGAUGAAGAAAGUGCACGUUACAACGGUGAAUCCGGAUUACACAGGACCGGAACCCAAGCGUUCUCGGACAGCCUACACAAGACAGCAAGUUCUCGAACUAGAAAAGGAGUUUCAUUUUAACAGGUAUCUAACAAGACGACGUCGCAUUGAAAUCGCGCAUACCCUCUGUCUCUCUGAGCGACAGAUUAAAAUCUGGUUUCAAAGAAUGAAAAAAAAAAAAAAAACCGCACGAAAUUUUGGUCUGUAUUAA